AUGGGUUUGUCGUUCCUUCCAUCGGUGACCAAACGGAAGAGAACAGAGAGAAGAAAGGAGAUUCGUAUGGGUUUGUCUCGAAACAAGAGAGGGAGAAGAAGACGACCGGAGAAGGAGAUUAGUAGAAAGAAGAGAAGAAGACGAAUAAAUAUGGGGAUUCCUAAGGACGUGGUGAUGGAAGAGAUCCUCACGAGGCUUUCUCCUAAAUCCCUGAUGAGAUUCAAAUGCGUCUCAAAGCUUUGGUCAUCGCUCAUCAGCUCAAGAUACUUCAAGAACCGUUUCCUCACGGUCCCAUGA